AUGACCAUCCUUCUCACCGGCGGCACAGGAAAGACCUCCUUGCGACUCGCUUCCCUACUCCAAGAUGCAAACAUCCCAGUCCUUUUGACUUCACACCGAGGCCCUUCUGCCACCUCCCUCGCUCCCACCAUCCGUUUCGAUUGGGACGACAAGGCCACCUGGACAACCCCUUUCUCAGCAGCCACAGACAUCAAAGCUAUCUAUCUUCUCAGCGGUCAAGUCGCCGACCCUGCACCUCUUCUCAACGACUUUAUCGAUUUUGCAAAGGCAAAGGGUGUCAGGAGGUUUGUGCUGUGCUCUGGCAGUACGUGUGAGAAAGGCGGUGCCUUUCAUGGCAAGAUCUGGCAGAAACUAGACGAUGAUGCAGAGCUUGAGUAUUGUGUUUUGAGACCUAGUUGGUUCAUGGAACCGGGAUUUGGGCAGUUGGAAACCAUCACGCAGAACAACAAGAUCUUCUCGGCCUGUAGCGAUGCAAAGAUCCCUUGGGUUUCUGCGGAUGAUAUUGCGAGGAUUACAGAGAAGCUUAGCAAACACUUGGGCAGAGAAAUCGUUCACGUCAACUUGUCUCCCGAGCAACGCAUCCAAGGCUUGAUGAAAGCCGGUUUGGCCCAACAUACUGCAGAGUUUCUGACCGGUAUUGAGACCAAGACUGCCGCAGGAGCAGAAUCGCUUACAGGCAAUGAUGUCGAGAUUGUGACUGGGAAGAAAGCGACUUCUUUCGAUGAGUUUGUCCAGACGAACAAGAGUGCUUGGUUGUGA